AUGCCUCUGGACGGAGUUAAGAACGUGGUGCUGUGGAGGGUCAUACUCCAGCAUACUCCAGCACACGCACCUGCGAACCUACUACACCCUCACUCCAGAAAUCCCGCCCUCAACAACCCCAGCUUCCUGCGAGGAUAUGCGACUAACAUCUCUGAUCGGGAACAGGUCCUCUCCGGCAAAGGCGGCGUCGGCAAAUCCUCCGUGACGCUGCAGCUGGCCCUGGCGCUCUCCCUGCAGGGCAAAUCCGUGGGGAUCCUCGACAUCGACCUCACGGGGCCCUCGAUCCCGCGCUUAGUCGGCCUGGAAGAUGCAAAGAUCACGCAAGCGCCCGGCGGCUGGCUGCCUGUUCCCGUGCAUACCGCUGUAGAUGCACCAGCCUCAGCAUCGUCAUCGCCACCUUCUCCUACCCCUACCACCACAACGACACCCGCUCAAGACCACCACCGAGAACCCACCACAUCCACCCCCUCAAAGACCUCCUCCCCCUCCACCCCCCGCGGCCCACUACACUGCAUGUCCCUCGGCUUCCUGCUACGCUCCCGCUCCGACGCCGUCAUCUGGCGCGGCCCCAAGAAAACCGCCAUGAUCCGACAAUUCCUCUCGGACGUCCUCUGGGGGGAGACCGACUAUUUGCUGGUCGACACCCCGCCCGGCACGAGCGACGAGCACAUCGCCCUCGCCGAGCAGCUCCUCACGCUGUGCAGCACCGGCCCUACCUCACCCUCCUCCGCCCCUCAAUCCCCAGCGACGCAGGCAACGCCCCCCCGCCUCGCCGGCGCCAUCCUCGUAACCACCCCGCAGGCCAUCGCCACCUCCGACGUGCGCAAGGAAGUCAACUUCUGCGUCAAGACGCAGAUCCCCACGCUCGGCGUCAUCGAGAAUAUGUCCGGGUAUACGUGUCCGUGCUGUGGGGAGGUGACGAAUCUGUUUUCGAGCGGGGGCGGGGAGGUUAUGGCGAGGGAGAUGGGGGUCAGGUUUCUGGGGAGCGUGCCGGUGGAUGUUGGGUUUGGGGCGUUGGUGGAGGGGAGGGGGAUUGGGGCGGAUGGGGAGGGGAGUGAUCAGGAGGAGGAUGCGGAGGAGGAACAGGAAAAGGAAAAGGAAAAGGUGGAUGAUGAUCGGCCUUUGGUUGAGAAGUAUCAGGAGGGGUGGUCGUAUGCUCGGUUUGAGGGGUUUGCGAGGACGUUGAUUGCGGAGAUUGAGGGGUAG